AUGGCAACAUCUUAUCGAUUACGACUUUCUCCUUGCCACUCUGGCUUUGUUCACACUCAAAACGAACUUUCACUUAAGAGUGCAGAGACUACGGAAACCCUGCUGAUGCAAAAUCAUGAGCAGCAUCACAUUUAUUUUGACAACGCGGGUCUUCACAAUCAUAUCGUCCACCAUCUGCUUUGCAUUUAUUCCCUCGGGGCGUCAGCAUCGCAACUCGAGAAGGCAUAUAGGAACAAUACGGAGUAUCAGAUCCCUCCAUAUCCGGCCGAUCCAGCAACCAUUGAAACAUUAAGCGAUCAAAAAGAGUUCGCAAAAUAUCUCGGUAACUGCGAACACUAUCGAGAUUAUGUGGUAUUCUUCAAGAAAGAGAUCUCGAAGCGCGGAGUCGAAGCGGUUGUGAACGAAUAUGUCUUUCGAGGAGACGCAAGAGCGGAUGACAUGCUGGCUAGGAUGUUUUCAGGGUUUUUACAUCCUAUCAUACAUCUCGGCUACGGUCUCGAGUUUAACCAGCCUAUGAUCGUCGCCGAGGCAUUGGCACAAGCAGCAAUACACGAGGACUGGCCCGGGCCUUUUCUCUGGGGCGCUGAGGCAGAAGCCAAAAACCUAUCCAAACCCGCCGGAGGCACACUGGUCGAGAUCCUAGAUGAAAUUAGGGCAAAUACCAAACUGGCGAACUCGGUUGAAUGGCCUGAUCCUCCCAAUAAAGUGACGGAUGGCCUAUAUAAACGAGCCGCGGAUGAAAUGAUCAGAGUUGCCGCCCGGUGGCAAGUGGCGCCAGAAGAGCUGGAGCAGAAGACCGCUGAGAUGAUCAAUGCUGGAUUAUACAUGACUGCCCUUGCGCAGCGGGCCGACAAGGCUGUCAAGUUCGAUUUCUUCUUUAUGCACUGCGCCAACACAUCGUACUUUUUCUCGGUAUUUAACCAAAUGCCGUGGAUUUCGACGCAAGCCAAAGCUAGGAUUGUCGAGUGUAUGGGCCGUUUGCACUUGCUCAUGUAUGCCUCUGCUAAAGGACCCAAACUUCGCCCUCAAGACCUCAAUGACUAUAGGCCCGAAAAGCCAGGUGGGUGGGAGUCGAUAUUCGCCCGAGCAGCAGCAUAUGAAGACGACGGCCACACUUCAAAACUCAUACGUGCCAUCAAGAAUGGUGAAAUUACCACCGCCGGGUUUGAGGAAGCCCCAGGGAUCAAACUGAAAACUGGCGACUUCCUGAAAAUUGCGCAUAUGGUUAUGGACUCGGUUGAAGCAAUGGACCGCCCAGACUUCAAGAUGCCAAAUGCUGGCACGACCGGCUACGAGUAUGCUGCGGAGCUUGAUCCCUUUGUCCAGCGAGUGGUUGUAAGAUGGCUGAGAUGGGCUGGCUUUCCCGAAGCUUGGGAGGCUGUGGCCGAGCGAAACCCUCGGAAUUUUGCGCCCAUCGGCAACGGCAACGGACUGAGCAACGGGCUGAGCAAUGGAAUGAGACCACCUACCUUGCCAAUUAUCGGGAAUCUACAUCAGAUGACCGCUCGACCUUACCAAGUGUUCGAUAAAUUGGCAAAGGAAUAUGGACCUAUAUUCUCUCUCAAACUCGGAACUCAGACUAUGGUCGUCUUGAAUACCGAAGAGACGAUUCGGGACCUGUUCGAGAAGAGAAGUGCGAAUUAUUCGUCCAAACCCGGCAACUUUGUCGCAGAGUUUGGCAACAACUGGAAUCUACUUUUCAGACCAAAUGACGACCUGUGGAGGAGAUUCCGAAAAAUGUAUCAUUUACGACUGAAUGUCACUGCUGCAAACAGAUACAUUCCCUAUCAAGAAUUCGAAAGCCUUCAACUCCUAAACGAAAUGAUGGACGGUCCGCACCAAUUCUGGGAUCACGUUAAGAGGUACACCACUAGCAUCGGUUCCACGGUGACAUAUGGCCAUAGAACCCCCCUCUUGAAUACUCCAACGGUGAAGACGCUCUUCGAAUGGCUUGAUCGCUUUUCUAUCCUUCAGGAAAGAAGUCAGCUCGCAGACUGGUACCCUAUACUGAAGCCACUUUUUCUGCGACUGCCGUCCUGGGUGAGUGGUUUCCUGAAGGAAGCAAGUGAGCUUAGAGACAUGGAACGGGGACUGUGGACGAGGCUCAUCAAGCAAGCGAUUGCCCUUAUUGAUGAAGGAAAGAUGCAUCCUAGUUUUAGCCGCGACAUGCUCCUGACCCUGGGAGCAGAAUCUGAGAAGAUUGACAAGGCGGAUGCUCUGAGUGAAGAAGAAAUAGCUUUUGCGGCUGGACAUGCUUGGACUGCAGCUGCAGACACUACAUACAGCACCCUGAUGGGUUUUAUCAAGGCCAUGAUAUUAUUUCCAGAAGUCCAGAGGGCGGCUCAAGAAGAAAUUGACCGAGUUGUUGGGAGUCAUCGACUGCCCUGCUGGGACGAUUCGCCAAACAUGCCAUACACUAUGGCUGUAGUGAGAGAAUCAGUAAGAUGGAUGCCAACAACUAUAGGAGGUGGAGUACCUCACGCAACGACACACGAAGAUUUCUACAUGGGAUAUCGGAUCCCCGCUGGAGCUGCCAUCGUGAACAAUGCAUGGACCAUCAAUAACGAUCGUACCAACCCUAGACAAUUUGAUCCUAUCCGGCAUCUGCCUGGAAAAUAUCCCACAGUUGGGGAACCAAAGGGCUCAGAUCUGUCUGACAGACCGUUCACAACAUUUGGAGCCGGCCGACGCAUGUGUCCAGGCAUCCACGUUGCCGAACGAAGUAUGUUCACUGCCAUGUCCCGAUUUCUCUGGGCGUUUGAGAUGUCACGCCCCCGAGACGAGAACGGGAACAUGCCCCCCUUGGAUCCUGAUGCGUUGACACCAGGGUUCCUGGUCAUGCCAAUUAAAUACGACGCUGUGUUCAAGGUGCGUAGUAAGGGCCGGGGUGCAAUCAUCAGGAGGGAAUGGGCAGAUGCAUCUAAGAUGCUUGACGAGAAUGGAGAUUACACUGAAGCGUUCUUCGAACAAUCUUUUGCCACAUAG